GCACUCGGCGGCAGCGGGCCGGCGCGAGGCUGCAGCUGGAGCUCUGGCGCCCGGAGUUGGAGUUGCCAGGAGUUUCCCCGACCCCUCCCUCCUCGCGCACAGCGGCAGGAGCCCGCGCGGGAGCGGCGAGCCGCGAUCAGCCAGAAGCCGAGCCGGCCCAGCUUAGUCUGCAGCCCCGAUCUCCGCGCGGGGCAGCCGCGGGGGAGCCCUGUCUUCGGUUGGGACGCGUGCCGCGCACUAGGCACCGCCCGAGCACGAGCCAGGCUGCACGAAAAUUCCCUGCGUGCCCUCCUGGGUGGCUCUACAAUGAGUGCCAAGUCUGCCAUCAGCAAGGAAAUUUUUGCACCUCUUGAUGAAAGAAUGCUGGGAGCCAUCCAAGUCAAGAGAAGGACAAAGAAAAAGAUUCCUUUCUUGGCAACUGGGGGUCAAGGCGAAUACUUAACUUAUAUCUGCCUGUCAGUGACAAACAAAAAACCCACACAGGCAUCUAUCACGAAGGUCAAACAGUUUGAGGGCUCCACAUCAUUCGUCCGAAGAUCCCAAUGGAUGCUUGAGCAGCUUCGCCAAGUUAAUGGUAUUGAUCCUAAUCGGGAUUCUGCAGAGUUUGAUUUGUUGUUUGAAAAUGCCUUUGACCAGUGGGUUGCUAGCACGGCCUCAGAAAAGUGCACCUUCUUCCAGAUCCUCCACCACACCUGCCAGAGGUACCUCACAGACAGGAAGCCAGAGUUUAUUAACUGCCAAUCCAAAAUUAUGGGAGGAAACAGCAUCCUCCAUUCAGCAGCUGAUAGUGUGACCAGUGCAGUACAGAAGGCAAGCCAGGCCUUGAACGAGCGUGGGGAACGGUUAGGCCGAGCAGAGGAGAAGACAGAAGACAUGAAGAACAGUGCCCAGCAGUUUGCAGAAACCGCACACAAGCUUGCCAUGAAGCAUAAAUGUUGAGAAACUGCCUAUCCUGGUGAAGCUCUAAAGAAAGUGGAGGAGUUUGUUCAGCAGUUAUUACAAGACGUCCAGACGGGGCUGCUUCUUUGGUUUUGCUGUUUUGUUUGUUUGUUUGUUUCUCUUUCUUUCUUUCUUUCCUUCUUUCUUUCUUUCUUUCUUUCUUUCUUUCUUUCUUUCUUUCUUUCUUUCUUUCUUUCUUUCUUUCUUUCCCAAUAUAAGGACAUUGAAGGGUUUGAUUCUUCAUGGUCAGAUGUUAAUAUGAAUGAAUGGCAGCAUGCUGUGGGCAUAUAUUUCCCUAUCUUGCUAAAGAAUGCUGCAAUAGUGUCAGCUUCAUUUUUACUUUUUCCAUUGUCUGUGUGUGUGUGUGUGUGUGUAUGUGUGUGUGUGUGUGUGUGUGUGUGUGUGUGUGUGUGUGUGUGUGUAUGUAUAUCUGUGUGUGUGCAUAUGUUCCUUUUGAAGAAAAAUUGUUUUUGUAGUUCAAAUACGAAAUUCAGACCAAAUAAUAAGCCAGGUAUAAAUUGGCAAAAUGUAUUUUUUUGUUUCUCUCUGUAACUAAGCAACAAAAUAGUUCAAUAUGGUGGCAUCAGGUGAUGGUCCUGGGUACAAAUAAAAGCCACAUAAUGCUUUCGCCUACUCUCCUAGUCCUCUUCAUUUGAAGAGAAAAAUUAAAAUUUAUUAUCUUGAGACUCAAGUCUGUACUGUGGUAAACACAUGGGCAUAUCAGGGGAAUUGGAUUUUGUCUUUUCAUGUUAAUCUUUUUGCAUGAACCAUCAAGAGCAUUCACAAAAUACAAAUCAGAAUCUCAAAUAGAAAUCUACUCUCUGGGCUGACACAUAAACAUUUCUGUUCCUUCCUUCCAGUCUGACUAGUUGGAAUUAUCAUAUGAAGGACAAAAAUUUGAAUGUAAAGACCUACCGUAAAAUAUAAUUUAAAACUUCCAUAGAUUUAUGGAUAUUUCUCUUGUUGUCAUUAUAUCAUAGCUAACAUGGGGGUGGGGAGGACUUAUAUUUCUAACAACAAAUAGUAUAUCUAGGGUCAGUGAGGUGGCUCGGUGAAUGAAGGUGCUUAUGGCAUAAACCUGGCCACUAGACCCCACAGAUUUGACCUCUGACCUCCACCCACAUUUCCCAGCACACAUAUGUACACCAUAUAAAGACACAUACACAAAACAACAUAAUAAUGCAUAAAGUCAAAUAAAAAGAAGUAAUUUGUCUAGAUAAAAGUAUAUAAAUUAUAACGUGUCAAGAUGCUACUUUGUUUUUUGCUCUUUUGACAAAGCUAAGCCUAAUUUUAGAGGCUCUCUCACAAGAUCCUUGGGAAUGAACCUUUAGUUUCUUGGUAUCUGGGUUUUGGAGGUUUCGGUAUUGUUGUGUUUUUUAGUUUCUUUCGUGCCGUUUAACAUGUACUUCUUGAUAGAUUGCAUACUCGUCAGUUUCAACUUGCCUGGUCUGAUACAGGCAGCACAAUGACAGGCCUUUACAGUGCUGUCAGAUUGAACAGAGUCUCUUCCAGGCCUUUGGGUUAUGUGUUGCUCAAGGUAAUACUGCACUUAGACUGUGGAAAUUUUGUUUUCUCGAGGGUUAAAAGCUAAACAUUAAAAAUAAAAUAAAAAACAUGCUUGUUCCUCAUAAAGCAAUGAGGCAAGCUACACAUGCCACAUACUGCAGUGCAUGGAGUUUUCAGACGCCUGGGUCGCCAGGACCCUCUCCUUCUUUGCUCUCCACCGAGUCACCUGUUUACUUGUGAUGUAGUCUCUAAUAAUGCAGCAACGUAAGAUGACGUUAGAUUACUAAUGCUGAUUUAAAUAGCUUACGUUUUCCUAAUAACACAUCCCCUGAGAAAGAGCACAUUUUUCCGUGGAAUACCAUAGGUAUAAUGUCAGGAAGAGGAUGGGAUUUGCUGCAAACAAGUGUAAUAAUCCUUUUAGGCAGAUAAUCCAGGUGAAGAACAUACUAUACAAUGUACAUAGAGGACUAUGAAUGUUUACUAUAUCUUACGCUUUUCUUUAGGUGUCUUACAAUUUUAAAAAAGCCAGGAACCUGUCAUCUGCUGACUAUUGGAACUAUCUGAUUCCUAAAAAAUAAGAAUAAAAGGCCCCCAAAUAAUACCCCAAAUUGGUUUCAUUGGCAGACUUUAGCUCAGAAAACACAAAUAUUUGUCUUCCAAAACUGGAUUCUAGUUUCAGAGGACUGAUAUAAAUAGUUGAGAGAAAUAGUCUAACUUUCCCCACACAAGUCAACAAUAAAAUUGCUUGUUGGCUAUCUGACAACUUUGGGCCAACUGUUCCUGAACAGGCAGAAGCACACUGAAAGCUGAGUCUUCCUCCUUAGCAUAUAGAUGUAAAUGCCCUGCACCUGCCCUCUUCCUAUUCCCUCUCUUGAUCAGUUUUGGCCUAAAACUUGUUGGAAAUAGUCUGAACUAAAAGGAACCCUCUUCUCACCCCCAAAGCCCUGUUAGCUUCCUCUAUGGAUCAGUCAGUAUCUAGGCCAUCACCAUGACUUCGGUCUAUGAUCCUUCCUGCUUGUCUUCCACCAAACACACAGGCUAUAAGAGCAAUUGCUGCCCCUUCUCAGCUGUCCAGCCUCUUGCAGAGAAAUCCCUGAUAACACAUGUGGAACCCCUGAUGACACAUGUGAAACCCUUAAUAACACAUGUGAAAUCCAUUGCAAUCCUUUGGUAAAAGGUACUGAAAUGUAAAAUGCUAACGCAGUGUAACCAGCAUGAAUUUGUUAAGAGGACGCCUGGCGUAUGGGACCAGGUCAUUUGGUUGAGCUUGCUAGAACACUUAAGGUGUUGAUUUUGUUUCUGCACUUCACUAUGAAUUCUGGAAAUGCUGUCUUUCUCCAAAGGACUUUGCAAAUUAUAUUGACAAUGCAUUAAAAAAGGAACUUGCCAGCAUUUCCACUUCUUCCUGGAAUGUAGCUGUAGUGGUCUUCACUAGAAUGAUAGAUCUCUGUGUUCAGGCUCUAUGCAGUUAUUCAGGUUGAUGUUUCAUUUCAAAGAAUGUAUUUGUAAAAUGUAACAGGACCAGUAGCUAACUUUUUUUUAAGGUCUGGUAGAAGUAAUAGUAUGUGUUAGACUUAAAAUUAUAGUGAAAUCUGUUUUAUACUAUUGUGACUAGCAGAGAUUAUGCAUUUAUGUAGAAACAGUUACAGAGUGCCCUAAAUAAGAGAUACUAGUUAAGAUAGGUUCCAUUCCUAAUUUCAGAAUUGUGAUGCUGCUAAUGUGUGGUGUUCUUGGUUUUUCAGAAAUUCUCUAUGAUAUUGAGUACCAUUUUUGUUUCAUUCAGAGACAAGUUAACAGCUGUUCUUUUGGUUCACUAUUAGAGCAACUCAGAUUUUGUCAUUAAAUAUUUUAACUCUCUGGUGAA